AUGAGUCCGCAGUCUUCAAGGGUGAUGAGCCCGGAUGCAGCUGGUCCAUCAUCCUCUCCUCCCGUUCUUCCUGAAGGAUGGCUUGCUCAGUGGGACGGCCGCCAGCAACGAUGGUACUAUGUCCAGCCAGUAACCAGGAAAUCACAGUGGGAGAUACCCACUGAACCGUUCAUUGCGUCGACCUCCUCGACUCCUCACUCCGCCGCCAGUCCCGGCCCUUACCCCUCCCCUCUCACUAUGAGUGCCACCUCGCCCGAGUCCGAAGCCACAAGAGAAUUGAUGGAAGUAAGGAAUGCCAAGUGGAAUGGAAAUGGUAACUUUGCAGCUACACAGCAGCUAUCACCUCAGAGCACCUCUCCAAGAUCACAAAGAACUCCGGUUGCUGGCGAUGCAGUCCCACACCCCCGUUCUUCGGCUCAAACCACCCCAGUGCAUGCCAUCGCCGAUAUAUCUGCCCUGGCCAGCCAAGACGAGAUGAUGGUCCAGCAUAAUAGUCCAAAUCACUCCCGGGUUGGGAGCAAUACGCCACAGCAGCCGAUGUCUCUGCCCGGCCAAGUACAAGGCUUCCAUACUACCUCAGGCUCGCCAGCUAACCAACACCAAGCACAACAUUUCCCUCCCCAUCCCCAAUCUUACAAUGAUAGCCACAUGCAGAACUCUGGCCUUCCCUUGGGCCAACCACCCCACGUCAACAGUAUACCUAUGAACCCAAGCCCGCAGGGUCAGUUAUAUGGCGGCCAGAUGCAUGAUUCCAACGCUCGCCCUUUCUGCGGCCCCCAACAGCCUACCGAUCCUCGGUAUACAAACCAGGCAAUUCCAGUAACACCUGGAAAGUUCCCUCCUCGCGUGUCCCCAGUUCAAAGUCAGCGACAUCAAGAACAUGGAAUCACGCUCCUCAAUCAAGACCCUAAUGCACCUCCCGUAUUUCCCUUGUCUCAUCGUGAAGCACAGAGGAAAAGACAGUCAGAACGACAGGAAUCAUUUGCAAAAUACCAAGCUGGACCAGCGGGCCAGCCAUAUCCCCCUCGAGGACCCCCACCGGGAAACUAUGACCACAGGUACAGGGAACCAGAAAGCCUACCGAGAAACAUACCCCCACCACCACCAGGUUUUGGCUCAAAUCCAAUAUACGAUCCUCUCAUCGACCAAAGCAGGCCCGUAUAUCAUGAAUCAAUCCAAGGCCCUCCCGGUGGCCCGUAUGGAACUUCAAGACAGCUUGGCAGUCCUGGGAAUGGGCCGUCAUGGCAGCAACAACCGCCACCGCCUCCACCACAGCAGUAUGGAGGAUAUCAGUCUGGCAUGCCGCCUCGCGCGGACUACGUACCACCACCACAGCAGCAUUACGGAGAUGUUGGCGGAUAUCCUGGCAAUUGGGGGAGGUAA